GCCUCAUAGGAAACGCCUGUACGGGAGGGUAGGAUUAAUGUUUACUGCGACUCUUUGCCGAAUUGCCGAUUGUUAUUUGGACCUGUGGCUAAUCUUAAUCAUGUGGCAGUUAUACUCACUAAGUGAGUUUGAUGUAAAGGGACUGUUGCUCUUCCUUUUCGUCUUUCUACUGAUCACAGAUGUUCUCAAGAACAGGAAACCCUCCAACUUUCCCCCAGGGCCGCGGGGUCUGCCCUUCGUGGGAAGCAUUUUCAGUUUGGAUUCGAAACUACCACACGUUUACCUGAUCAAGGUGGCCAAAGUCUUUGGUAAUGUCCACAGUAUCAAUCUGGGUGGAGAGACAAUGGUGUGUGUGGUCGGCUACAAAAUGGUGAAGGAGGCCCUGGUCAGUCAGGCGGACUGCUUUGUGUCACGGCCUUCACAUGCAGUCACAGACAGAAUCUACUCUGGAAAUGGCCUGUUUUUGAGCAAUGGCCACCUGUGGAAGAGACAGAGGAGGUUUGCGCUCUCUACUCUCAGGAACUUUGGAAUGGGGAAGCAGUCCCUGGAGUCAUUCAUCCUUGAGGAAAGCAAAUUUGUCCAAGAAGAGAUAGAGCUUCAGAAAGGUAAUCCUUUCGACCCCCACAAUUUAUUCAACCAAGCUGUCUCCAACGUCAUCUGCAUCUUAAUAUUUGGACACAGGUUUGACUACACCAACCACCAGUUCCAAACUUUGCUGAAGUUGCUGUCUGAAGUUAUGUAUCUGCAAGGGACCAUAUGGGCUCUGCUCUAUGGAACAUUCCCUAAACUGAUGAAGAUGCUACCUGGGCCUCACAAUAGGAUCUUCAGUCACUACAGAGUGCUCUCAGACUUUGUGAUGGAGGACCUGGAGAGGCGUAAGGAGGAGAUGGACUCCUCUACCCCGCAAGAUUACAUUGACUCCUACCUUGCAGAGAUUGAGAAAAAUACUGAUGAUCCGGCUGCUGGCUUUAACCAUACAAACAUGGCCCUCUGUGCUCUGGACUUGCUUAUAGCUGGCAGUGAGACCACUUUUACCACCCUGCGCUGGGGUCUGCUAUUCAUGAUCAAGUACCCAGACAUACAGGAGAAGGUGCAGGCUGAGAUAGACCGAGUGGUUGGUCCGUCACGCCCACCCUGCAUGGCAGACAGGGCUGACAUGCCCUACUCCAACGCUGUGAUCCAUGAGGUGCAGAGGAUGGGCAACAUCCUCCCUCUUGGAGUUCCCCACAUGGCCACCUGUGACACCUCUCUGGGCGGGUACUUCAUCCCAAAGGGUACUCCAUUGUUGGUGAACUUAACUUCAGUGUUAUUUGACGAGAAUGAGUGGGAAACACCUGACACCUUUAACCCUGGACACUUCCUGGACUCGGAGGGAAACUUAGUGAGAAAGGAUGCCUUCUUGCCCUUCUCAGCAGGAAAGAGGGUGUGUCUGGGAGAGCAGCUGGCACGGAUGGAGCUAUUCCUAUUCUUCACCAGUUUACUUCAAAAAUUCAGCUUCUCCCCUCCCCAGGGGGUGGAGCCUAGUCUUAAUACAGAUGGUGGGGGCACCCAGGCUCCACUCCCCUUCAAAAUCUGUGCCAGCCCUCGCUGACUGACAUCAAACAGAGGAUUCUAUUCCUUUAACUUAGAUUCCCAUCCAGAACCAGGCCUUCAGCCCAUAUACUGAAUCAGAACCAGGCCUUCAGUCCAUAUACCGUAUCAGAACCAGGCCUUCAGUCCAUAUACCGUAUCAGAACAAGGCCUUCAGCCCAUAUACCAAAUCAGAACAAGGCCUUCAGCCCAUAUACUGAACCAAAACUAGGCCUUCAGCCCAUAUACCGAAUCAGAACAAGGCCUUCAGACCAUAUACUGAACCAUAACCAGGCCUUCAGCCCAUACACUGAACCAAAACUAGGCCUUCAGGUCUUAUACUGAAUCAGAACCAGGCCUUUAGCCCAUAUAAAUCAGAAUCAGGCCUUCAGCCCAUAUAUUGAAUCAGAAUCAGACCUCAGUCCUUAUACAACUGAGGGAUGUGUCAGUAUAAUGAUACUGUAUGAGCAGGUUCAAUGAUUUGUAUUAGCUCUUAUAAUUGUAUGCAUAUCUAUCUGUAUUGUACUUAUUCUACUGGAUCUUGCUAGGACCAGGACAGUCUUGAAAAAAUUCAUAUUUAACCACAAGGCUGUAUCUGAUAAAAUAUAUGAUCGAUUAAAAAAAGUAAAAAUAAGCCAACUUAAAAGUUUCUGGUAGUAUGCAAUUGUGCAAAAAAUAGAAGACAAUUUCUAUAGAAAUAAUUGAAGAGUUUGACCUUAUUUCAUUUAUCAAAGAUAUGUCUGUUAUUCCAGUGUUUGUAAAAGUAAAUUACAAAAAAAUACAAACAA